AUGUCUUUUAAAUCGCUGCUUCGUAGAAAUCUCUUGACAACAGCAACUCGCUCCUUGCCAACUGGGACACCAUCACGUACAUCAAGAAAUGCUUCAACGGUGUCCACCAAAAUUCAAGUACUUCAAAGCUCACUAUUUCCAACGACGCCGACCUCGCGCACAAAUGGGUUCGCGCAAUUUUCCACCACUAUCGGUAGACACAAUAAAGAAGAGUCCACAGCUACGACUAUUAAUGAUAAUGUUGCUGGUGGUGAUAAAGAAGAACCAACGAGCAAAGACGUCAAGGUGGAAGGAGGGAAGUCCGCCGAACCCGAGAUCGAUCCCAAGGACAAAGAAAUAGCUUUACUCAAGGAUAAACAUCUCCGCUGUUUGGCGGAGCUGGAGAAUCAGCGUGAAAUUGCUCGUCGCGAAAUAGAGAACACCUCGAUCUUCGCCAUUCAAAAAUUCGCCAAAGAUCUACUCUCCACAGUCGACAAUCUUGACAUGGCCCUUGAGUCUGUUCCACAUGAAUUACAUCAUUCCCACUCAUCGGACGAAUCCCCGUCACUUCAUGGCCUAAUCAAUUUGUACAAAGGUAUUCAAAUAACAAGUUCUGAAUUGUUGCACACGUUAAAACGACACGGUGUGGAAAAGGUUGAGCCGAAGAUAGGAGAAAGGUUCGACCCGAAUAUCCACGAAGCUCUAUAUCGGGCCAGUUUCAAGGACAAGGAGGUUGGCACCAUAUUUGAUAUACAAAAGAUUGGGUACAGCCUAAAUGGCAGGAUCAUCAGGCCACCUCAGGUUGGCGUUGUGUCAGAUACGGAAUAG